GGAGUAGUCAAAGUGGAUCCAACAGAUCUUUCUCAAGAUGAUGAUCGUAUCAUAUGCAUGAACUUUACCCAGAAAAACAAAAACCAAGGAAACUAAUUCUCAUAUAUAUAGCCCCUUGAAAUCGAAAUCUUCCCAUCGUUCAUCCAUAAAAGCCCAAAGUCAAAGCCCCAAAGCCGCAUCUCAGAAUGGCCAACUUCUUAGCUACUGUACUCCUAUUGCUAGCCUUCAACAUCUCAGUGAAGUUGGUGCCGAAGGUUGAAGCUUGCUACUUGGAUGCAAUCAACGGCGGCUGUCCAGACAAAGCAUUAUGCUUAGAAACAUGCCGGCCGUGUUACCGGGGCAUCGGAUCAGUGAUUGCCCACUGUGUUGCUCCGGAAGGAGGGAGUCUCUUCUGGAGAUGCCGGUGUGAUUUCAAGAAUGGUGCGCCUUGUCCGCCGGUUGGGCCUCCUCCUUGUCCUAAACCACCUGCCCUUGCCCUUUCCCCUGGAAAUUUUAAUCUUACAAAUUCUGUAAUACCCUAAAGAUAUAAAUCCUUAAGGGCUCAUGGAUGAAUAAACCAGACAAGUUUUUUUUGCAGAAUCAAUUCGUUGGUUGUUUGUGUUUGGAAAUAUUUUGUGCGGGCUUCCAUUAAUUGUUAAUUAAUGAAUUUAUUUUGUUAA